AUGGAGGGACCGUCUCAGAUCGAGGUCCAUUCGACGGCCAACAGGGCCAAAUUGGAAAUAAAUGCAUAUCUUCCUCCGGAGAAUGCGACCCCUUUUCUCAUGAUGGAGGCUGGAAUUCCCUUUGUGACGGACGGACCCAUGAGGGCAUUGAGGGCAUUGUUUCUGACAGCGUUACCCAUGGUGCCGCUUCUUGAGUAUGAUAGGUACCCUCUUUUCCCAGUGUUUAAUAUGUCGAUAAAAAUAUUAGUUUGGAAUGUUCAAGGAGUGGGCAAUAAGGUGCCGGUUAUCAGGGAGUUAGUAAGGAUUAAUAAACCUUCUGUUGUAGUUCUGGUGGAGACGCAUAUGAGUGGUGAUCAAGCUCAGAAAAUUUGUGAUAAGAUUGGGUUCUCGGGGCAGCAGCGGGUAGAAGCGCAGGGGUUUUCUGGAGGGAUUUGGCUAUUUUGGGACAUUAGUUUGGUGUCUGUUACCUCUUAUGGUUCUCAUUCUCAACAUCUUACUGUGGAAAUUAGUAAGGUUGGGGAGGACCCGUGGUUAUUCUCAGCAGUGUAUGCUAGUCCUGAUAGCACCCUAAGAAAAGAGUUAUGGAGAGAACUGGAGAAGAUUAAAGAGGAUUACGCAGGCCCAUGGUUGUUGGCAGGAGAUUUUAACAAAACAAUGACUAUGAGUGAACGAAAUGGAGUUGAAAGCUCUGAGAUGGUACGACGUUGUCGUAGUUUCUCUAACUGGGUGAAUAAUAAUGAGUUGAUUGAUUUGGAUUGUUCAGGACCAAGUCAUACAUGGUUUCGUGGAAAUUCGAGUGAAACAUUUAAAUCAGCCCGGUUAGACAGGGGUCUAGUGAAUGAAGAAUGGAGAUUGCGGUUCAAUGAAGGUGCGGUACGCAAUUUACCAAAAGCUGCAUCGGAUCAUUGUCCGAUAAUUAUAAGUACUAAUGGGUUUGCACCCAUUCCUGGGACGUUGAAACCGUUUUGCUUUCAAGCAGCGUGGAUGAAGCAUGCUAAGUUUCACGAGUUUGUAUUUAAGAACUGGAAGAAAAUGGCUUUGAUUGUUCCUUUCUUGCGUGAGUUUGCGGCGAAACUUCAGAAAUGGAAUAAAGAGGAAUACUAUAAUAUCUCCCGAAAAAAAUCUGAGUUAUGGGCAAGGUUAGAAGGGGUUCAAUCUAUUCUUGCUUCGGGGCGCCAAUCCCAUUUAAUAAAGUUAGAAGCAAAGUUGCGAAGGGAGAUGGAUGAAGUUUUAAAUGAAGAGGAAUUGCUUUGGUUUCAAAAGUCUCGCUUGGAGGCGAUUAGAGAUGGAGAUCGGAAUACGAGAUAUUUUCACCUAUCCACUUUAAUUCGGCGAAGGCGAAAUAGAAUUGAAACUUUAAAAGAUGAAUCAGAUAACUGA